AUGGCUUCCAUCCUCGAUCUUCCCGCGGAGCUCGUCAUYGGCAUCGCGUCGUACCUCACUACCGAGGAAUUGGGUCCAUUACGUCGAUCGUGUAAACAGCUGGAGCGCCACAUGUUCGAGACAUUUGCCAAAGAAUUCUUCACCAAACGUCAAUUCAUGAUCCAGCGGACAUCCCUCCAGGCUUUGGUGGACAUCUCCAACCAUCCCACUCUGUCAGAACGUCUGCAGGAGGUCAUCAUCAGUACAGACGUGUUCGAAUGUGAUGAGAUCCCGCGAGAAUGGCUACUCCGGACAGGUCAAGCUCGCGACAUGCUGGCCGAGGCUUUUUCGAAGCUCAAGAAUCUGCGCAUCGUUGGUCUACGCGACUUCAAUUCCAAGGGUCGUGUCAGAGAAGGCGGUCCAGAGGCGCUUUGGAGGAGCUACGGUUGGUCCAAGGAACCAGCAACCACGUUGUUGGGCAUGGACUCCGACACAAGUCCCGGAUCUUUGUUCUCGCUGAUUCUUUGUGCACUCGGCAUUGCUUCUUCAUAUCCUCCAGAUGUUCAGGUGAUCCUGCGGAAACACAACACUCUAGUACCGCAUGCCUUUAUAGUCAAUGCAACCAACGCUCCGGUGAUCUCGAAGCUCAAGACCUUGUUCCUUGCACUGCAUGCAGACAACACUACCAUUUCGCGCAAUCCCAGCUGCGAAGACCUUUUGAGACGAUUCCUGCAUACCGCGACGGAUGUUGAAGUCCUUCGACUCAACUUCGAUUCGCGAUGGUCGGCAGCGUCUCGACUUCUGACCUGGCUUGGAACCAUGCCCAGCGCAACGGAUCUCAAGCUAGAUGAUCCCAAGUUGUUGGACAUACCGCCAGCGCCCCUCAGUCAUCUCACAUCACUCGAAAUCGGCAUGGCAUCAGUUUCAGCACCCUCACUCACUCGCGCCCUCUCCAGAUCCAACCUCAAAUCCUUCAGCCUGUGGAGGGUCACCAUAUCAGACAUGGAUAUGACACGUCCGACUGCCGGCCAUUGGGAGCCCGACCUUUGGCAGCAAUUUCUUGGGGACCUUUCCGGGGCAAUGAACGGUUCAGACAGUGUUAAGAGCAUCCUGAUAGGUCUCAUAGCGCAGGUCACUCGAGUUGUCUCGCAUGUGCCGACUUGGGAGAAGGUGCAGUUCUGUCCCGAAGGAACUUCCGACAAGGGUGAUUUAAAGGUCGAAUCAUUACACAAGGAGGUGAAGUUCCGCGCUCGUUACGGAAUGAGCGCAUCUCGCUGGCUCAAGGAUCUCUCGGAGCGUACAUAUGUGCGCAGCAUCCACGGUGCGCCGGAAUCGCCAGAGGUCGACAGCGAAGACGAAGACGAACAGAGUGAUGAUGAUAGUGAGGAGGAUGARCAUGAAGARGCAGAUGACGAAGGAGAUGGUGAAGAAUGA